AUCAGUUUAACCUCAGGUAGUAAACUUCCUGUGUUCUCGGUUUGAGCCCACAAUAACUAUAGUUAAGAAACAGCCGAGUGAAACAGAGAUCAGUGUGUCGACAUGUGGUAGAAGUAAUAAAUUAUCUACAGUUUAUCGUUUUAUCAGUUGAUAAGACGAGCUAAGUUAUAGCACUUUGGCGUUGCAUGUUUCAGAUAUCUGUUGCUAGGCGAUUCGUAGAGAAGGCACUGCUUGUUUGCCGUCGCUGAGAGCAAAUGUUAGUACUCUCAGAAACACAUGUAAAAUCAGAAAAGAGUGCCAGGUACAAGCAGAACUCUCAGAGAAUGAAAAAAAGGAAGUGUAAAUGUACGGUACGAAUUUGUACAAGGGGCAAACAUAAAGACUGAAUUAGGAAGACGUUUAAUAUUCACAGUAAAAGGGAUAGCUGCCAAAAUGGUUCGAGUGGCAGUUAUAGGAUGUGGACAGCUUGGAGUUAGAAUUGCAGGUGAACUCGCGUACCAUGGACAUAGAGUUAAAAUGUUUGACUCGAACAAAGAUGCAUUGAAUAAAGUGUUCUCACGCCUGCAGGAGGACCGCAAACUGCUCAAAAAAGAAGGCUUAAUGGCACAUGACAAUUUCUUGGGACAAGUUUUGUGCAUGAGUCUUCUGGAAGAAACUGUCAAUGAUGCAGAAUUCAUCCUUGAAGCUAUCUCUGAAAACUUAGAAGCAAAGAAAGACAUGUUUGAAAGAAUCUCUCAUCUUUGCAAAGAAAAUGCCAUCAUCUGUACAAAUUCUCUGUAUCUGGACAUCCAUCAAAUUUCAGAGCAUGCCAACAGACAAGAGAGAUGCCUGGGGUUACGGUUCUUGUUUCCAGUGUACUACAUUCCAGAAGUGGAGGUUAUUGCAGGAAGAUUCACCAGCACCAAUGUUAUAGAAAGAGUACGAGUCUGGUUGGAAAGAAUGGGUAAGACAAUGUUUUUUAGAUCAGGGCAUCAUCCACUCAUCCUGACUGAGGAGCAGCGUGAAGAAAGAAAAAAUGCCAGACUUAAACAGAUAACAAACUCAUCAGGUGGAGCAUUGUACAUGGAAAAAGCUGUGCCCCCUCUUUUUCACAAGGGAAACAGGACUCCCAGUAGAGAUGAUGAGGAUUCCAUACUACCUGCUGACAUGGACAGAGAAUGUGCAAUCUGCAUGGCACGUGUACGAGACUGUCUACUGAAUCCUUGCCAUCACAUGGUGACAUGCUACAAGUGUGGGACACUGCUUCAGCAACGCCAUGACAGCUGUCCUAUAUGUCGAACGGACAUUGUGAACACAGUGCGAGUCUUCUACUCAUAAAACUACUUUUUAACCACUCAUCCACUGCACUAAGUAAGUGAUAUGAAAGAAAUAACCAGAGCUAUAAAAAUGAAUCUCAGUCUGCAGGCAUGGAUGGUAAUGAGAUAUCUAAAGAAAAUUAGAUGGCUGUAAAGAAAGUGUGAAAAAAUUGACUUUUUUUCUUAACCAAAUCAUAUGUCCAUGAAAGAGCACUUGAGAGUUAGGAGAUGACAUUGCACAGUCCAUGCAACUGCAAUCAUUGCAAAUAUGCCAAUAGACAAAUACUUGAAGAACAAACCAGCUGUAAUCAUGUAUCAAGGGAUCUUAUGGUUAUUUCUACCCCACCCAGAAGCAUUAACUGGUGUAAACUUAAUCAACUCUACAUUUUAAUCAAUUUAAAGACUUAAAUGGAAAUGUUUUAUGGCCAGGAAGAAAAAAAAAUAUAAAUAUAUUUUAAAAGCAUUAAUAUGCAUCCCAGAAUGUCUUUGGAUAAAGGCAUAUGUAUUUAAGGAACAAAUCCUACUACACUACGUGCAAAAUACUGAAAGUUAAAAAUGGUAAUAUGUAUUUAUUUUGCAUAUUCUGCUUAUUUUGUUUAUUGGAUGUAUUGUAUUUCCAUAUGCACAUCUUUAACUGCUCUAUAAAUACUUUAAAAUGAUUCUUAAUAUUCAUUCCUAAAAUUUAUUUGUAUUGUUCAUAUUUAUAUCAAAUGUUAGUCUUGAUUUCUCAUAAAACUGUUAUGACACUUUAAAUCUACUUUGUUAUAUAUUGUGGGCGGUCCGGUGGUGCAAAGGUUAGCGGCUGUCACCAAUACAGUGAAGGUUGGCUGUCCCGGGUUCAACUCUCGUCUCGGGCACGCUGUUCUUUCUCUGCAAGUGGCAUAUGUUUACAGGACUGACUGCCUGCCUUGCCAUGAUAUAGCCAUAGUUGCUGGCACAGUGUAAAACACCAAUACCCCCCCUCCCCUUGUUAUAUAUUGUCUAAGAAGAAUAUUAUUGGUAUUUUAAGAUGACAGAAACCAUGAAGCGAUACAUCAGUAAAAAUAAUCAAAUGUUAAAUUUUGUUUUAGAUAAUCAAUACUCCUUUUAAAACAAAACUUUUGAAAUGAAAAAUCAAUGUUUUCAGCAGCAGCAAAUAAAAUUAACAUUCAGAAGAUUAUUUUAAGUAUUUCCCUUUUACUUCCCCUAUUAUUACCCUUUUGAAUUCUACAACAAUCAUUUACAUAUUUAUUAAACUUUCUUCAGCACAGUAAUUUUUUGUGUGAAACUGCAUCUAGUACUCCCCACCCUAUUAAAAAAAAAAUACCAUGAUUUUAUGAACAAUAUUACUUUGCAGCAUCUUGGCAUUUUGGGGGAAGUUUUGGAAGCAUUGCUCAAGCUGUCCUAACAUUAAGCAAGAACAACCAGUAUUUUUUAAUGAAUAUCUAGAUGCAUGUUUACAUGCUGGAAAAUGGAUUUUGGUGUCUUCUUUUUUUUUUUUUUAUAAAUUAGAAUGUACUUCUUUAGGUAUCAGUAGGUACAUGGUGAGUUUUUGCUCAUUCUGUAUAAGUUGUCCCCCUUCAUCCAAUCCCUGCCACUGUCCCUACUGUCCACCUCAUGCUGUUCGAUCAAAAAUAUUCACCUAAUGCACAACAGCAGAAGUGCUUCUCAGAGACUGAGAAAUAUGGAAUACUUUCUUCCUACACAAAAAUGUCCAACACACAUUUCCUGUUUACCCUAGUGCAUAGUCAACAGUUAAAUGUCAGUUUCCAUGUUUGAUAUUUAGAAGUUUCUUUGAAAUAAAAGAUGCCUUUUCUCUUUAAUUGUUUCUAUAAAUAAAGACAAAGAACAAGAUUACAUUGGGAUAUUUUAUUUUCUUCUUCGGCAUCAACUAUUGUAUGCAUCAUAUGUAUAACCCCCCCAAAAAAAAAUCUCCAUUUUAUUUUGCAAAAAGACUAGGGUACACAGUUAAAGUGUUUGGAUAUCUUGAAUAAAGCAUGGAAAAAAA